UGACGCCCGCCCAGUGUCGUUGCGGGCAGCAGUCAGGCCGUCGCCGCCGCGCACUUUGCACGUCUCGGAAGGACCGUUGCACCCGUUUAAGCUUUUUACGUACGUCCCGUGUAACCGCCGCGAAUUCGUUUAAUAUCUUCGGAUGGACGCGAGUUAUAAAAACUAUGGGGAGUUACCUUUAUGUCUUUGAUUAAAUGAUAUUGUCGUCCAUCAUGGAAGGGUUUCUUCAUCAUAUGGCGCCGCAGUUCCUGCACCCAGCGCUGCAGAGCUUCGGCUGUGGUGCGUUUCGGCCGAUAGGGGGCGCCUUUCACCCUCUGUACCCUGGGAAGGCCUUCGCGAGGCAUCUUGGUGAACAGUACGCGCUUGGACAAAGCGUGGGACAGGCUUUGAGGAAUGUUCGCGACGACAGCAGCACCCCGCCGCUGUACCGCCACGGGUAUGCAGCGAGAGACGACACCAGCUCACCAGGGUCUGCAGCGUCAGCCUCGCCAAGACCCUGCAAGGAUGAUGACGCGCCGCCCACGGCUACCUGCACUGACUCCCAUGAUUUCUUCUCUCCGGAUGGUGAGCGCAAGUCGUCGUGUGGAGUGUGUGGUGCUCGGCUCGGACCUGGCGUGGCGCAGGCUCACUUUCUUCAAGAGCUUCAGCACCUGUAUAGCUUGAGCGCCCUGCCGAGGGACACCGCAGCACCGCCUCAGCACUCGCUGCAUCAUCAGGAUGAAGAUGCACGCUGGGAGACGUACCAGCGGAUCCGCGCAAACCGGCAGCGUCGGCUAAAGCUGCGAACACGCAAACGCCACCACACGGUGGAGAGCAUGCUGGGGUAUGACCUGGACGAGGAGCGCCGAGAGGAGCGGCCCCGGGAGCCCCGGCCGUAUGACGCGGAGGACGAGCCGGUGGAUGUGGAGGGAGACUCGCUGGGGUGGCCGGAGGCGGCUAUCAAUGUUGACGAAAAAGAGCCUCGCAGUGAGGGCGAGAAGCUGCACAUCAGCUACGCUGAAGACCUGGAGAUCUCCAGCACCAACGAUGCCAUGCAGUCACCAGAACGCGUGAGGAUUGAGACUCCAAAGUCCAUUUCUUUGGAGUGUCCGCCCAAAGCGGCGGAGAGCGUGGACAGGCCGGCGGAGGUGUCCACUUCGGAGCCCUGGGGCGGGGCCGGAGCACCCACUGCAGCUGCCGACGCCUGGCCGGCCCUGGCUGCGGAGGCCUAUAUCCAGGCAGCUCGCCACAAGCUUGAUGGCGAAAAUCUGCCAUCUUCAACUGAUACUCGCAAUUAAGCGUACCUAUUUACGUUUCGUUGGGGUUUCAGACUAGUGUAACCCUCGUAAAAGCACGCCUAGACCCACCUUAAUCUGUCAAAUUUCUUCAAUAGAUUUUCAACCUUAUCACAACAAUGAAAAGUGUAUAUUUGAUUGGUAACAUUUCACAGAUCCGGUUACUUGACCAGCUCAUAAAUUCCUAUUAGCGCGAGAUUCUUUAACUUAUGGAGACACAUACCUACAGGUACACGAAUAUGAGAGAUGUGCGUGUGUCUUUGCGGAUAUUUGCGGUUAAGUCCAUUUGCGGAUAUUCGCGGAUAAAGGACUAGUCUGAAAUCUACCUAUGUUUGUAUUCGCCCUUUUGUCUUCUACCAUUCGAUGUGAAUUCAGUGUUUAGCAUUCUACUACAGAGUAGUGUUGUAACGCAAUUAGAAAAUUGGUUAUCGAUAGUUUUAGAGUCAGCGUCGGAUCUUUGGAUAAUACUGUUAUAGGUACAACGUAUUAAUAAAGAUUACGUCUGAAUAUUCCAAAAAAGUUUUAUAAUCAAUCUUCUAACUCUGCAAACUGUUUAGUGAAAUAUUUUAUUACUAGUUAAAUAGAAAAUAUUCAUAUCCGAAAGUCUUAUUUGUAGGUUCAACACAUAUUUAUUGUCAGGUGGAAUUCUGAAUCGCUUUUCCAUGUUAGAACCAUAUGUAAGCUAGUGUUUUGCUUUAUCGAUAAUUUGUAUACUACUCGAUUUAUUUAUUGAAAGAAAUUGAUUUUGAAUUUCCCGCAACUUUGAUCUGUUUCCAAUAGGUAAUUUAUUAUGUAACGCAUACCAAAGAUUUUUUGUCACCAUUGCUAUGUAGUAAUUGUUUUAUUAAUCGAAUAAUUUGCGAUAGAAAAUCGAGACUAGGUUUCGUCACCAUAUGAAUAAGGAUGUAGCAUUAGUAUUUAUUUCAUGUAGUUCAACAACACUAUUAUAUCGAUAUAUUGUAAAUUAUGUCGGAAGCCACUCAAUCCAUUAGCGGCAUACCAGAUCUAUUAGAUGUAUAGAUCGUAAAUAGGUACUUAAUUAGCAAGUAUUACACGAACAUCUAGGUAUAUUUAAGAUUAACUUUUAAUAUAAUAAGAUAUUGUUAUUUAUUUCCGUGUAAAUAGAAUUAAAAGUUACGUCUAUUUUAACGAGCAACUUAAAUGUUAUGUUCGCCAACGAUUAAAUUAUCGAUCUGAAUUUAAUGUAUUUAACUAAUUUAAUAUGUGUAUCUAAAAUAAGUAUAGUAAUUAUUGUAAAUUGACUUCAUUGUUGUUAACUAUGUGUACAUAAUAAAUGUGUCAAAUUGUUUCAUGUUAUAAAAAUAUCAUAUCGAUAAAGUGCAUAGAGAUGCAUCACUAGAGUUAGGCAUUGUGUAUAUUAUUCGUAAAUUAACUAUUAUGGAUAUCUAGUAAUUACUAUUUACAAUUGCAUGCCUAGAUGUAUGUUCACGUUGCUUUGUAGAACUCAUUUAUCUUCAAACGUUACUAUUUUUUUUAAACGAAUUAAUAAAAACAAAUAGAAAAGUCAACAAAUCGUA